GAGCUUCUGUCAGUCAAACCAUCAUCAUCUCAGGCGGCAGAAAAAUGGGGAGAGCACCGUGUUGUGAGAAGGUGGGGCUGAAGAAGGGGCGGUGGACGGCCGAGGAGGAUGAGAUAUUAAGGAAGUAUAUUGAAGAAAAUGGUGAAGGCUCAUGGAGAUCAUUACCUAAAAAUGCUGGGUUACUGAGGUGUGGAAAAAGUUGCAGACUGAGAUGGAUUAAUUACUUGAGAGAUGAUUUGAAGAGGGGAAACAUAUCUUCAGAAGAAGACGAAAUCAUCAUUAAUUUGCGUGCUUCCCUGGGGAAUAGGUGGUCUUUGAUAGCAAGCCAUUUACCAGGGAGAACAGACAAUGAGAUAAAGAACUACUGGAAUUCCCAUUUAAGUAGGAAAAUCUACAGCUUCCGGAGACCAGCAGCUGGCGCCAGUAAAAUACCGGUACCGGCCAUGGUGGAGAUAGCCAAGGCCGGUGUUACCAAGAGGAGAGGUGGUCGAACUAGCAGAUGGGCAAUGAAGAAAAACAGAAACUUCAUUACUCAGAAAAGCGCUGCCAUUUUAAUGAAGAAACGUCAAGCAAAUGUUGCUGUUAAUGAAGCUUUUCUGUUGCCAUCCACACCAGAGGUGGAGAAGGAGGUGUUAUCCAUCCCAACGGUAGAAAAUAAAGCUGGUUCAAUACUUUUGCCAUCUACACCGGAACUAGAGGAGGAGAUAUUGUCUGCCAUAGAUGUUAAUGAACAUCAAAUGGUAGGGGGCCCAGUAACUUUUCCAGACAUCGAAGAACUAGAGAAUUCAAUGUUAUGUCCUAGAAUUGAUGAGGAGAAAGAGACUGAAAUUUUGGAGCCAUAUGAAAUUGAGCUGAUGUGUUUUAAUGAUAUUAUGGUCAAUGAAUUGCUUGAACCAAAUGGGGCAUGGGCAUCAAGUCGCCCUGAGGAAGGAGAUAGUACCAACUUGAGCUCAAACUUGAAUGGAGAUCGGUGCUGUUCUUCAACAACACCAUGUUUGGAUGAUUGGGACUGGGGAAGCGUUGUGCUAGGCGACGAACAUUGGGAUGAAAAUGGGUCCGUGCUAUCACCAUGCUUGUGGGAUAACAAUAAUGUGGAUUUCAAUGACCAAAACGACAUCGUUUCUUGGCUUCUCUCUUGAAUUUCUGUGC